GCCAGGCCGGAGCCGGACUACGGGAGCCGACGCGGGCCGCGCGGUGGGCGCGGAGCGGCGCGGCAGGCCGGGCGGGCGGCGGCGGCGGCAGCAGCAGCGGAGGAGGCCGCGGCGGCGGGUUCGAGUGGCGGAGGCGGCGCGGGUGGCGGCAGGGGGCCGGGUGGCCGGGGUCCCGGGCCCCGCAGCGGCGGCAGCGGCGGCGGCGGCAGGAUGAUCAAGCUGUUCUCGCUGAAGCAGCAGAAGAAGGAGGAGGAGUCGGCGGGCGGCACCAAGGGCAGCAGCAAGAAGGCGUCGGCUGCGCAGCUGCGGAUCCAGAAGGACAUAAACGAGCUGAACCUGCCCAAGACGUGUGACAUCAGUUUCUCAGAUCCAGACGAUCUCCUCAACUUCAAACUGGUUAUUUGUCCUGAUGAGGGUUUCUACAAGAGUGGGAAGUUUGUGUUCAGUUUUAAGGUGGGCCAGGGUUACCCACAUGACCCCCCCAAGGUGAAGUGUGAGACAAUGGUCUAUCACCCCAACAUUGACCUCGAGGGCAACGUCUGCCUCAACAUCCUCAGAGAGGACUGGAAACCAGUCCUUACGAUAAACUCCAUAAUUUAUGGCCUGCAGUAUCUCUUCUUGGAGCCCAACCCUGAAGACCCACUGAACAAGGAGGCCGCCGAGGUCCUGCAGAACAACCGGCGGCUGUUUGAGCAGAAUGUGCAGCGCUCCAUGCGAGGUGGCUAUAUCGGCUCCACCUACUUUGAGCGCUGCCUGAAAUAGGGCUGGCGCCCGCCCACCCCUGCCAGGGCCACCAGCCCCGGCGUCCCCUGCAAAUAUUUAUUGGGGGCCACAGGUGGGGGGCAUGGGGUGGCUGGUGGGGAAAUCCCAUGCCCUGGCCUUGCCUCCCCUCCUUGCCACCCGCUCCUAGUUAUUUUUUUUUUUAACCACCAUGUGAUUAAGGUCGGCGCUGCCUCCCCCCGACCCACUCAGCGAUGGGAAAUGAAUUGGCUUGUCUAGCCCCCAGCUGGGUGCUGUCCAGCCCCCCACUCUGGGCUCUGGGGUGGGUGGCCAAGGGGACCGGGUGGCUGGGGCUUGGGAACCCCACCCCUCCACCACUGGAGGUCCCACCAGGCUAUUAAAGGGGAAUGUUACUGCA